AAGACGUCACUUCUGGCAGCUGGUUUACCAAACAAGUCAUGGCAGAGGAAGGAGCAGAAAGAUCCGUGAAAGCUUCACUAACAGCGGCAGAGAAACAACUCCUCCGCCGCCGGCAGGAGCUCGACUACUGGAAGCAAAACGCAGCGCGGGUCCGGGGCCGAAACCUGCUGACCGGCUUGGCCAUCGGGGCGUUUGUGGUCGGCAUGUUUAGCUACACUAUCCUGUCCGUCAAACAGGAGAGGAUCAUGGACGAGCUGGAUGAUGAAGCCAAGAUCCACAUCAUCAGAGGGCCACGGACUGGUGCCAACUCCUGAUGUCGCCGUCUGUGAACUGUCCUGGACUAAUUGGGUGGGGCGGGUGCUAUUGAGUGACAGCUAUAUACUGUAUGGAGUUACAAGUGACUGAUGAGCUGCUCUUCAUUCAGACACUGGUGUACUAGUAGUCACUCAAAGACAUUUAGGACAUUUCAAAACAUUAGAGACUGUUUCUAUAGUUUCCUCUCUGUGUGGAAGUAUAUUAAAUGUUGUGUUGAAAUUGUUCACCUCU